UUGUCUAUGACGAGUUUUCGUGGCCUUGCCCGCGAAGCUCUGAGGCAAACUACCACCCAGUGCCAGCGGCUGAUGUUUGACUGGGAGCCGGCCGACCCGGAUCUCAGCAGCUUCCGAGACCGGCUGUCGACAGCGAAGUCCGGCUAUUCUUUUGUGACCGAUCCCGCCAAUGGGCUGGACGAUGCAUAUCUAGAUCUAUUCAUGAGAGCAUGUACCUCUUCGAUUGAUGGUAUGCUUAAGUCGCGAGGUCAAGGCCAAAGUCUCUGGGACACUGAAGCAGCACAAGCAUAUCUCGAUGCCCACGAUGCUUCUUUGAAGACUAUCAUGGUUCUUUGCUAUCUGGAUAGUGGACAGGCCGCGAGAAUUUCCGAGCUUUUAACUAUAGAAUACUGCAAUACAGCAUCACGGCUACGAGGUAUAGGAAUAUACGGGAUGAGUUUGUUCUCAAUCACCCGGCACCAAAAAGCACGCCUUACAACGAACAAUGAGUUUCAAGUAGCACGAUUCUUUUCUCCACCAGUCGCCCGUCUACUAUUCCGCUAUCUUGUGUAUAUUCGACCUGUCGCUUACACCAUCUUACGCAAAUGUUUCCAUCACGAAUCUACAAACACUUUGUUAUUUGCUCCUAUCUCGAGAUAUUCGAGAGAUAGCUCUUGGUCGACGAAAACUUUCAGUGAAGAACUCAAGCAGAUAAGCAGGAUAGUCCCUGGCAUUCCCUGCGAGAUUGGAGUCCAGUUAUAUCGGCAGCUUUCUAUUGCUAUCACAGAAAAGCAUGUCCGUGAGGCCGCAUCUGGGUUCAACAGAUUCGAUGAUACUACAAAUACGGCUAGUGAAGAUGCUGCUUUUGCAUGGCAGAGCGGCCACAGGCCGAUGCAGAGGUAUUCCACAUACGGACUCGACGGCGCUUUCCCGGAUCGGUUACAACCAGCGCUUUUGCGAAUAUAUGCGAGAAUCUCG